AUGCCGACGCCGCCGGUGGAGGUGCUUGCGCCUUGCUGGCAAGGCCUCCUGUGGACGAGCUUCGCUGCCGGUCCUGGCCGAGGCGCCGGAGGUUGGGAGGCAGCAGGGCAGGCUGGAUGGGGUUCUUGCCUUGAUGGCGGGGUCUCGGCGUGGAACACGCUGGCGAGGCUGCCGGGCGAGCGGGAGCCCUCCUCUGCCUCUUCGGGAGGUGAUGGGCAGAGAUUGCAAGGCACACUCAUGAGGACUAGUUCACUCCCUGCUGUUAUUGAGGCUGUUGGCAAUGAUGAAUGGAAGAAACGUAAGGAAGCACAGAGUCUGAAGAGACUCGAGGUUAAGAAGAAAAGGAUUGUGAGGAGGAACUCUCUCACUUGCAACACUUCAAAAGAAGCGGCUGGGCAGAUUCCAGAAGAGAUGAAUGCACACGCUGACAAAUUAGUAAGUUCUGAUGAAGCUGUUGUGAUGAAUAACGAAAAUCAUAGCAGUGGCAAGCAUCUGGUGAAGGGGCUUCCCCCAAAGUACCAGGCUACAAUUGCAUCGCAAGAUAGUUUGUCAGCAGUGGGAAAGAAGCCAAACUCAGCCUUCAAAGCUUUUGAGAGCAUUGCCACACAUGGACAUCUGGACCUUACAAUGCAUUGA